CGGUGCGGGUGUUAGCGGCGCCCCGCAGCAUCCCCCGGGCUGGGCCGUGGCUGCAGCGGAGCCGUUUGGAACAGCCGAUGCCGUCUCCAGCCUCUGCACCGCGGCAUCCCCGUGGCCGAGGCCGGCAGCAUCCCUGUGCUGAGCGUGCCCUCCUUUCCCUGUCCUCUGCCAAGUCCUGGAGAGAUCCCGUUGGUAAAGGGAAAAGCCGCAGCUCUGGAGCCCGGGGAGCAGCCGCAGAGAGGGGUCUGGCCUGGCCGUGGUGUUCCUUGCCCUCGGUGGAAGCACACGGAGCCGGUGAGAAGGGGAAAACCCCCCAGCUCCCUCCUGCAGCCAUGGAAGGGGGUGUGCAGCUCCUCAACCGCGACGGGCACAGCAUCUCCCACAACUCCAAGCGCCACUAUCACGAUGCCUUCGUGUGCAUGAACCGCAUGAGGCAGCGGGGGCUGCUCUGCGACAUCGUGCUCCAUGUGGGCACCAAGGAGAUCAAGGCCCACAAGGUGGUGCUGGCGUCGUGCAGCCCGUACUUCCACGCCAUGUUCACAAAUGAGAUGAGUGAGAGCCGCCAGACCCACGUGACGCUGCACGACAUCGACCCCCAGGCCCUGGAGCAGCUGGUGCAAUACGCCUACACCGCCGAGAUCGUGGUGGGAGAGGGGAAUGUGCAGACACUUCUUCCUGCUGCCAGCCUGCUUCAGCUCAAUGGUGUGCGGGAUGCUUGCUGCAAGUUCCUGCUCAGCCAGCUCGACCCAUCCAACUGCCUGGGGAUCCGGGGCUUUGCUGACACCCACUCCUGCAGUGACCUCCUCAAGUCUGCUCACAAGUACGUCCUCCAACACUUCGUGGAGGUGUCCAAGACAGAGGAGUUCAUGCUGCUGCCUCUUAAACAGGUGCUGGACCUCAUUUCUAGUGACAGCCUCAAUGUGCCAUCGGAGGAGGAGGUGUACAGGGCUGUGCUCAGCUGGGUCAAACAUGAUGUGGACAGCAGGAGACAGCACGUCCCCAGGCUCAUGAAGUGCGUCCGGCUGCCCCUGCUGAGCCGGGACUUCCUCAUGAGCAACGUGGACACGGAGCUGCUGGUGCGGCACCACUCGGAGUGCAAGGACCUGCUGAUCGAAGCCCUCAAGUACCACCUCAUGCCGGAGCAGAGGGGCGUCCUGAGCAACAGCCGGACGAGGCCGCGGCGCUGCGAGGGGGCCAGCACGGUGCUCUUCUCCGUGGGUGGAGGGAGCCUGUUUGCCAUCCACGGGGACUGUGAGGCCUACGACACGCGGACGGACCGGUGGCACAUGGUGGCCUCCAUGUCGACGCGCAGGGCCAGGGUGGGCGUCGCGGCCAUUGGGAACAAGCUCUACGCCGUGGGCGGCUAUGAUGGGACCUCAGACUUGGCUACAGUGGAGUCCUAUGAUCCUGUCACCAAUUCCUGGCAGCCUGAGGUGUCCAUGGGCACCAGGAGGAGCUGCCUGGGUGUAGCAGCACUUCAUGGGCUUCUCUAUGCUGCUGGGGGGUACGAUGGGGCCUCGUGCCUGAACAGCGCAGAGAGGUACGACCCUCUGACAGGCACCUGGACAUCCAUCGCUGCCAUGAGCACCAGGAGACGCUACGUCCGGGUGGCAACUCUAGAAGGCAACCUCUAUGCUGUUGGGGGAUAUGACAGCUCAUCCCACUUAGCCACGGUAGAGAAAUAUGAGCCCCAGAUCAACACCUGGACACCCAUCGCCAACAUGCUGAGCCGCCGGAGCAGCGCGGGGGUGGCCGUGCUGGAGGGGAUGCUCUACGUGGCUGGGGGCAACGAUGGCACCAGCUGCCUUAACUCUGUGGAGCGCUACAACCCCAAAACCAACACGUGGGAGAGCGUGGCACCCAUGAACAUCCGCAGGAGCACCCACGACCUGGUGGCCAUGGAUGGGUGGCUGUACGCCGUGGGUGGCAACGACGGGAGCUCCAGCCUCAACUCCAUCGAGAAGUACAACCCCCGCACCAACAAGUGGGUGGCAGCGUCCUGCAUGUUCACCCGCCGGAGCAGCGUGGGGGUGGCCGUGCUGGAACUCCUCAACUUCCCUCCCCCCUCCUCGCCCACCCUCUCGGUGUCUUCGACGAGCCUUUGACAAAGAAUCAGGACGUACCUUACCUCAAGGGGACAGGGGUGCCUGGCAGGGCUCUAGGCCAGCCCCGAGGGGCAGCCGGUCGCUGUAGGAGGGGAGCGAAGGUCCUGGUUGGUGCCUGCAGCCCCAGCACUCCUGUGAACCCCGGAGCUGUCCCCGCUCUUGGGGCGCCCAUCGGAUCAGCGCGACCACAGCAGUUAGAAAUGUGCUUCCUGGACGAGCACCCUCGGUCGGAGGGCGACGAGGCGGGUGCUCUCCGCUCCGCUCAGACUCAUCCCACCGCCCGCCCCAAGGGCUCAUAAUCUCCUUUGGGGAGGGGAAACUGUAAACCAUUGCUGCUUCUUGGAUUCACGGGAUCCAGCCGGUGCCACACACGAGCACAGCCAGCCUUGGAGGCUUCCAGGAGCCCCGUGGGGUGGCCGAGGUGGGCAGCGCUCCUGCCAAGGACACGGCGAAUGUGCGACCACCGCUCCUCUGAAUGUCACUGUAGCCAAACUCUUUACCAAGCCUAUCGUGCACUGUUAAAGACUCUGAGGCCACUGUAUGGUUCUCAAUGGUGUCUCAUUGAUGCCUUAAAAUACACAAACAGAAGAAUCCCGGCUAAGGGACAGGGCCUGGAGGAGGUGAGGUUCGGAGGCAGAACUGGACGUAGCAUCCUGAACCCUCCAGUGUUUCCAUGCUCUGCUGGCCCCCACCUCAUCCCCUGAGAUCCCAGCU